CCUCUGCUGUCACGCGUCACAGCCACGAUCUUCACUCCGAUUGAUCUGCCGUCUAACGCUUCCCGGCAAGUUUAGGGUUAGGGUUUAUCCUCGCCUUCUUCAUGGAGGACUACCACCAGCCUGCCAAGCGGAUGCGCAGCGAUUCGCCCUCGAUUGCCCCCUUCAACGGAGAAGGCGUCGACCUUUCUCUCCUGGAGGCAGUGGAGAAGUCGGCCCAGAACGGCGGGGUGGAGGUGCUCGACGUGCGCGCUCUCAAGAAGCUGGUCCUCGCCUUUGAGCGACGGCUCAGGGAUAACCUCGAGGCCCGCAUGAAGUACCCGGACCAGCCGGAGAAGUUCGCCGACUCGGAGGUCGAGCUCCAUGAGGAGAUCGAGCGCCUCCGGAUCCUUGCUGGUGCCCCCGAGCUCUACCCGGAGCUCCUCGCUCUUAACACCGUCCCCUCCCUUGUUGGCCUGCUUGGCCACGACAAUCCUGAUAUCGCCGUCGACGUGGUUUCCCUCCUCAUGGACCUCACUGAUGAAGAUGUCAUCGGAGAGGACGACGACAAUGAGGAGCCUGUUCGUGCCCUGGUGGACGCCCUCCUUGAGAACAAUGCCCUCGAGCUCCUCGUUCAGAACCUUGCCCGUCUCUCGGAGGCCGACCCUGAUGAGGCGGCGGCGAUUCAUAGUACCCUUUCCACAAUCGAGAACCUCAUCGAGGUCAAACCUGCUGUUGCUGAGCUUGUUUGUGAGCGGACCAAGCUGCUUCGGUGGCUUCUUGGCAGGAUAAAGGUGCGUGAAUUUGAUGCAAACAAGCAGUAUGCAUCGGAGAUUCUGGCAAUCCUGCUUCAGAACAACCCUGCGAACCAGAAGCGGCUGGGUCAGAUAAAUGGAGUCGAUGCGGUUCUGCAGGCGGUGGCGGUGUACAAGUCGCGGGAUCCAAACACGGAGGAUGAAGAGGAGAUGCUUGAGAACCUCUUCGACUGCUUGUGCUGCCUUCUCAUGCCAAUGGAGAACAAAGAGAGGUUUUUGAAGUCUGAAGGAGUGGAGCUUAUGAUCAUUAUCAUGAAGCAGAAGAAGUCUGCCUAUGGGUCGGCAAUCAGAGCACUUGAUUUUGCAAUGACAAAAUAUUCUCCAGCAUGUGAGCGGUUUGUGGAUGUGCUGGGAUUGAAGACGGCUUUUGCUGCAUUCAUGGGUAAGAUUCCAUUGAAGAAGAAAAAUAAGAGAGAUAGAUCACAGGAGGAAUUGGAAGAGCGCAUUGUUUCACUUAUUGCUUCAUUAUUUGGUGGCAUUUUGAGAGGUUCAAGAAGGGACCGAUUAUUGAGCAAAUUUGUAGAAAAUGAGUUUGAAAAGAUAGACCGACUCAUGGAACUCUAUAUGAGAUACUCUGACAGGGUAAAAUCAGAGACUCAAAGGCUUGAUUCACUUGAAUUGGACGAUUUAGAGAUUGACGAAGAGGAGCUCUACAACCGAAAGCUAGAAGCUGGGCUUUACACUCUUCAAUUAAUUGCUGUAAUUUUGGGACAUCUCUGGUCAUCUGAUCAUCCCAAAAUAAGGGAGAGGAUUGAGCUACUACUAAAACAAAAUAGAUUGACAAAGAACGAUGUGGGAGAGAUUCUUCAAGAGUAUCAUGAUAACAUUGGAGAUCUUGAUGGACCUGAAGAGAAAGAACGAGCUCAAGCAAAGAUCCAAAAGUUCAUCUCUGCACUUUAAAGCAUUCCUGUGGUCGAGAGCAACAUCAUAUCGAUUCGAUAUACGGCGGAUGCUAGUAGAUACUAGUAAAGAGAAGCUUUUGUGAUCUUUUCUCAUGCAUGUGUUCCCUUCGCAUGUCAUUUGAAUUAACUCGAAGAUCAUGUUCUUGGGAUUUGACUGGCGUUCUGUUAAUUCAUGUUCUGAACUGUAAUUUGUGGGGAGCACAAGUUGGAUUUGAGGUUUAAGUGUUUUUCGAUCAUCUUGUUUUCAAAAUAUUCUUCAAUAUCUUUAAAAUUGAUUAAAUACUUUUCAUCAUUUUAAAA